AAAACAAACACUUUUUUUCAGAAAAUGUGGGGAAAUGAUUUUACUACGAAUGAACAAGAAGUUGUUACGUCGGUGUUCCGACAGUAUGAGACAGGACUCAGAGAGGGGGUCAUCGACGUCAAGGAUUUGCACACUGCUUUAUUUGCUCUUGGCCUGAACCCUAUGGAGCAGGAGAUUAUUGAUAUGACCAACGAGGUUUCAAGGGACGGUCUGAUUUAUUUUCCGGAAUUUUGUAAAAUAAUUCUCAGAAAAUUUCGGGAGGAUAAUAUUCAUACUUUUGGAUCAGUCAUGUUCAAGGCAAUGUGUGGAACAGAGCCUUAUGUUGAAUUUUCUAAAACUCCGAUUCCACCUCAUUUCCGAGCUAAGAAAUAUAAACAAGACAAGCAUAAUCUCACAUAUGAAGAAUUCCUUUUCAUUAUGCGCAAACUACCAGUUCAG